AUGGCUGAAGAGACCAACCAGGCUGAUGUUCAGUCAACAGAUCUGACAGAUAAGAAGACUGGAACUCUGUGCAUGAAGACUUUAGAUCGUGUUACUGUGAGUAAUGGAGGAACCAUAACAAUCCCCUGUCUGUAUGAAAAUAAGGAUGAACUACACUCAAAGAACUGGUGUAAAGGGAAAGCUUGGCUUACCUGCAAAACUAUAGCACGUGCAAACCAUACUGGCAAGUGGACAAUAACUGAUUUUCCAGCUGACAAUAGUUUUACUGUGACACUCAACAAAGCAAAGUCCUCCAACUCUGGAUAUUACUGGUGUGCUUCAGAGAGUGACAGAAAAUCUUUGUAUUUAACAGUACAAGAAGCUCCUGAUGUGUCUGUGAUGAACAGCAGUGUGUUUGGACAUGAAGGUGGUAAUGUCAGAGUCCAGUGUUUCUACAGUUCUGCAUAUCAGAAUGAAACCAAACAGUGGUGCAGAAUGAAAGAUCAGAAGUGUUUCGCAGAGGAGAAGACUGACACUUCCCAGAAUCCACCAGUGCAGAUCAGUGAUGAUGGUGAAAGCUCCUUCACUGUGCUGAUGACUGGACUGAGACUCUCUGAUUCUGGAUGGUAUUACUGCUCUGUUGGAGAUCUGCAGGUUCCUGUUCAGCUCACUGUAACAAAGACAAAAGCAGAAAUGUACGUUGCCAGCCAAUCUGUGAUUGAGGAGAACAUGUGA